UCAGCGUCUAUGCGAGUUUCCGUUGUGCGUCUGAUUGUAAAUUAGUUAAAGUGUUAAUAAAAAGGCUAUAUAAUAAAUAGUUAUGAAUUCAAGAAGCUUUAAAUACCUGCGUCGUGAAUGUGCAUCUUCUCGGUAUUGCUGUGUCCCGUUUUGUAAAAUGUCCUCAAGGUUUAAUUCUGUGAUCAGUUUCCAUAGGUUACCUUUGGACAGAGUAACACGCAAGAUGUGGCUUCUUAAUAUUCGGCGAAAGACUUUUGAAGUCAGCCUCAAUUCAAGAGUUUGUGGCCGACACUUCACAAAUGAUGAUUUUAUUGAGCCAUCGUCUCCUACAGCACGCAGACUGCUAAAGAAGGGUGCUGUGCCCACGUUGUUCCGGUGGAACAACUAUUCCACAUCAGGCCAAAAGCGCUUUGGACUAUGGAAAAAGAAAGGUUCCUCCACUGAUCAGGAAAAAGAACUUGUGCCUAUGGACUUCCAGCAUGAGGACCAUAAUUACUAUUGCACAUCUCUGGUCCAAAAUGAUAAGGUUGUGGAUCCGACUGAUGAUCUCCGAAAUGAAGUGGAGGUUCUGAAGAGAAAGAUUGCGGAGUUUUCCGGCCACCAGAGAUUUUGUUUGGGGCGAUUUGCUGCAUCUGAUGAAGACAUAAGAUUUUACACAAGAUUUGCAACGUACAACCACUUGAUGGCGUUCUGGAGAAUCAUUCAGCCUGCCUCCCACAACAUGCUUCGUGUAACCAGAGCAAGGGCAGAUGCAACAAAGUGUGAUGUUCAAGUAUCAAACAAUGCAUCUUUUCAGUCCUUGCUGCCCAUAGAUGAGUUUUUCCUCUUCAUGGUCCAUCUCUCAGUUGGACUGACAAAGAGGGAUCUGGCCCACAGAUUCAAUGUCCAUUGGACCACCGUGAGUCAAAUCAUUUCAUCCUGGGCCAAUUUUCUGUACACAAUUCUCGGAUCAGUGCACAUUUGGAUGUCCAAGGAGGCAGUCAAGGCUCAAAUGCCAAAGGAAUUCCAAGACUACCCAGACACACAAGUGAUAAUUGACUGUAUAGAGCUUUGUUGCCGAAUACAAUCAUCUGACCUGUUCCCAGAUGAAGGGUAUGAUUGCACCUUCAAGGGGUUAAUUGGCAUGGCACCACAUGGUGCAGUCACUUUUGUGUCAUCUUUGUAUGCAGGGUCGGUCAGUGACAAUGAGGUUCUUAAGAAGUCUGGGAUUGUGUUGUACCUGAAACCUGAAAUGGCCAUCAUGGUUAACAAGGAUUUUCUUGUAGAUGACUGUGUACCAUGCAGAGUUUACAGACCAGCUCACCCAUUAACGAGAGAACAGAUGGAGGCUGAUGAGGAUGUGGGAAAGAUGGGGGGCACUCAAUCCAUUACUCAACUGAGGGUCCACAUUGAGCAUCUCAUCUGCAGGGUGAAGCAGCACAAGCUUCUUGAUACUGUCAUGCCUUUUUCCAGCACAAGGACCAUCAACCGGCUAUACAUAGUUGCUUGCCUUUUUAUAAACUACCAGGAUGGCCCUUUGUUAAAAAGAUGGACAUGAUUAAAGGAACAAUCACUGUUUUUUUACAAUCAAAAAUAUCCUCAGUGUGAAGAUAAAAUAAAAAUACAUUUUGUAUAAUUUUUUUGUAGAGAUGGAAAUUUGUGCUUUGAUAGCAUUUCUGUUAAUGGGAUAGUUCAUGCAAAAAUGAAAAUAUUGUGAUUUUAAAUUUUAUGAGCAGCUUUCUUCUGUUGGACUCAAAAUAAGAUAUUUUGAAGAAUGCUGGUUACUGGGACUCAUCGACUUUCGUAGUAGGAAAAAAUAAACUA